AUGCAUCUCGCCAUCAAGUUUGCUGGGGCUAUCCUGGCCAUCGCUUCCAGCGUUCUUUCCGUCCCGGCGGCACCUACAGUCACGGGCACGGCCUCUCCGCAUGAUAACUCAACUACCUCCUCCACGUCAUUGCAGCAAAACUCCCAAGUCAUCAAGUGCCAGGGAAGCAUUUGGAUGAAGAAUACAACAACUACUGACUCGCCACUCGUUAAAGACUGUAACCACCUACAGCGUAACAUUGCGAAGGACGGCGAGUGGAGGACCAUGUCGGGUCACAACCGCAAUCUUGCAACCUAUGGCACCUGUGUAUUUGCAGUCCGAGGCUUCGACGGUCUCGACAUCUUCAAAGUCGGCAAUGACGACAUCAUCGACCAGAUUGACGAGGCUGUCACCGAGUUCGCAUUGCAAGAUGCAGAUGGAAACUACCAUGUUGGAGCAGAGGGCGAGUUCUGGUGCGACAGCCUGCUGAGCUGGCCAGAUGGAGUUAUCUGGAAUAUCCACCACUCAGAUGAUGAUUUCUGA